CCAACCUCACAAGCAGCAUCCAUCCUUCUCUUCAUCUAAGAUUCAAACAGUCAUUCGCUGAUUGACAAUUCCCACACCCACACUCAGCAGACCAACUCAUCUCCAAUGCCUGAAGCAACCUCCCACCGCUCCAAACCUCGUCCCACAGCCUCCUGUCUCCCCUGUCGCGCCCGCAAAGUCAAAUGCAACCGCCUCACCCCUUGCGCCACCUGCGUGGCCCGCAACACCCCGCAGGAAUGCAAAUACGCCGCCCCCGACACGGACCGCCAGGCGAUCGCCCAGGCGGAGCUGAUCGCGGGGCUCCGGAGCCGGGCGAACCAACUGCGCGACCAGCUGUACGCCCCGAUUGAAUGGGGCCACGGUAGAGGCACCUCCGCUAAUGGGGCCUCGAAACGGAGGGAAGAGGACCAGUUGGCGGAGUUGGAGGUGGUGUAUGCGGCCCUGCGAUGGGGGACGGGUGCUACCGUCGAGGAGGUGGUUCGCAGGAUUCGGAGGGGGGAGCAGUUGGGGGAUAUUGCUCAGGGGGUGGAAUUGGGGAUGGGGAUGGGGAUGGAGUCCUCGAGAUUAGGGGAUGAAGUGGUGGUUCUGGAUUGA